CCGGAGGUGACGCACGGAACUGAUCCUCUAGCUGUCAGGUGCUACCCGAGGCUGAGCAGAAGGGGAAUACUUCCGGUGUCCUUCCACUGCCGGAGUCACAGAGCGGAGCUGCACGUGAGAGGAGUCCGCGGGCGCUAAAAUGGCACAGAAUUUGAAAGACUUUGCGGGGCGUCUUCCCGCCGGCCCCCGUGGAAUGGGGACAGCUCUGAAGAUGCUGCUCGGGGCAGGAGCCGUGGCUUACGCGGUAAAGGAGUCUGUCUUUACAGUGGAAGGAGGUCAAAGAGCCAUUUUCUUCAACCGCAUUGGUGGCGUUCAGAAGGACACAAUCCUGGCUGAGGGGCUUCACUUCAGGAUCCCCUGGUUCCAGUAUCCAAUUAUCUACGAUAUCAGAGCAAAGCCACGGAAAAUCUCAUCACCAACUGGGUCCAAAGAUCUGCAGAUGGUGAACAUUACCCUACGUGUCUUAUCGCGCCCGCUGGCAUCGGAGCUGCCCCUGAUCUAUCAGCGCCUUGGCUUGGAUUAUGAAGAACGGGUUCUACCCUCUAUUGUCAACGAAGUGCUGAAGAGCGUGGUGGCCAAAUUCAAUGCCUCCCAGCUGAUAACACAGAGAGCCCAGGUGUCUCUUCUUAUUCGUCGGGAUCUGACAGAGCGAGCGAAGGAUUUCAAUUUGAUCCUGGACGACGUUGCCAUCACCGAACUGAGCUUCAGCAGGGAGUACACGGCGGCCGUGGAGUCCAAGCAAGUGGCUCAGCAGGAGGCUCAGAGAGCUCAGUUCUUGGUGGAGAAAGCAAAGCAGGAUCAGAAGCAGAAGAUCGUCCAAGCGGAAGGAGAGGCCACUGCCGGCAAGAUGAUUGGUGAUGCGCUCAGUAAGAAUCCCGGGUACCUGAAACUCCGCCGGAUCCGGGCUGCGCAGAGCAUCGCAAAGACGAUUGCGGCAUCGCAGAACCGGGUCUACCUGAACGCUGACAAUUUGGUGCUGAACCUGCAAGACGUAACUUUCACCAGGUGA